GAUAUCUUGGUUUAUUCCAAGACUGAAGAGGAGCACACUCAACACCUAAAAUGGGUGCUAGGGAAAUUGCGAGAACACAAGUUCGAUGCUCGUUUAUGGAAAUGCCAUUUCUACAAACGCGAGCUGGAAUACCUCGGUCAUCUUGUCGGGAACAACAGACUUAAAGUCGACCCCAAGAAGAUGGUGGCUGUUCAGAAUUGGCCCGUCCCACAAGACGUGGGUCAGAUCAGGUCCUUCCUAGGCCUGGCCAAUUAUUUCCGCCGGUUCUUGGAAAACUACUCGACUGUCGUUGCCCCUCUGACAGCACUCACCCGAAAGGGUAGUGCAUGGGAGUGGACUCGACAAUGCCAAGAGGCAUUUGACAAAGUCAAAACAAAGCUGACCAAUGCUCCGGUUUUGUAAACAACUCUGUCCAUGAAAGUACCCAUGAA